CGGGCGUCUCCGCCAUUUUGUGAGUCUAUAACUCGGAGCCGUUGGGUCGGUUUCUGCUAUUCCGGCGCCUCCACUCCGUCCCCAGCGGGUCUCCUCCGUGUGCAAUGGACGGCAUUGUCCCAGAUAUAGCAGUUGGUACCAAGCGGGGAUCUGACGAGCUUUUCUCUACCUGUGUAACUAACGGACCCUUUAUCAUGAGCAGCAACUCGGCUUCCGCAGCAAAUGGGAACGACAGCAAGAAGUUCAAAGGGGACAGCAGGAGCGCCGGCGUGCCUUCCAGAGUGAUCCACAUCCGGAAGCUCCCGAGCGACGUCACUGAGGGUGAGGUCAUCUCUCUGGGCCUGCCCUUCGGGAAGGUCACCAAUCUCCUGAUGCUGAAAGGGAAGAACCAGGCCUUCAUCGAGAUGAGCACGGAGGAGGCGGCCAACACCAUGGUGAACUACUACACCUCCGUGACGCCCGUGCUGCGCGGCCAGCCCAUCUACAUCCAGUUCUCCAACCACAAGGAGCUCAAGACGGACAGCUCCCCCAACCAGGCGCGAGCCCAGGCAGCCCUGCAGGCCGUGAACUCGGUCCAGUCUGGAAACCUGGCCCUGGCCGCCUCAGCUGCUGCGGUGGACGCUGGGAUGGCGAUGACCGGCCAGAGCCCGGUGCUCAGGAUCAUCGUGGAGAACCUCUUUUACCCGGUGACCCUGGACGUGCUGCACCAGAUCUUUUCCAAGUUUGGCACCGUCUUAAAAAUCAUCACUUUCACCAAGAACAACCAGUUCCAGGCGCUGCUGCAGUAUGCCGACCCUGUGAGCGCCCAGCACGCCAAGCUGUCUCUGGAUGGGCAGAACAUCUACAACGCUUGCUGCACCCUCCGCAUCGACUUCUCCAAGCUCACCAGCCUCAACGUCAAGUACAACAACGAUAAGAGUCGUGACUACACCCGCCCAGACCUGCCGUCUGGGGACAGCCAGCCCUCGCUGGACCAGACUAUGGCCGCAGCCUUCGGUGCGCCUGGUAUAAUGUCAGCCUCUCCGUAUGCAGGAGCUGGUUUCCCUCCCACCUUUGCAAUUCCUCAAGCUGCAGGCCUCUCUGUUCCUAACGUGCACGGCGCCCUGGCCCCUCUGGCCAUCCCCUCGGCGGCGGCGGCGGCGGCGGCAGCGGGCAGGAUCGCCAUCCCGGGCCUGGCAGGGACCGGGAACUCUGUCCUGCUGGUCAGCAAUCUCAACCCCGAGAGAGUCACACCCCAAAGCCUCUUUAUUCUUUUCGGCGUGUACGGCGAUGUGCAGCGCGUGAAGAUCCUGUUCAAUAAGAAGGAGAACGCCCUGGUGCAAAUGGCUGAUGGCAGCCAGGCCCAGCUGGCCAUGAGCCACCUCAACGGGCACAAGCUGCACGGGAAGCCAGUGCGCAUCACCCUGUCCAAGCACCAGAACGUGCAGCUGCCCCGAGAGGGCCAGGAGGACCAGGGCCUGACCAAGGACUACGGCAACUCGCCCCUGCACCGCUUCAAGAAGCCGGGCUCCAAGAACUUCCAGAACAUCUUCCCGCCCUCCGCCACCCUGCACCUCUCCAACAUCCCGCCCUCCAUAUCCGAGGAGGACCUUAAGGUUCUCUUCUCCAGCAACGGUGGGAUCGUCAAAGGGUUCAAGUUCUUCCAGAAGGACCGCAAGAUGGCCUUGAUCCAGAUGGGCUCCGUGGAGGAGGCCAUCCAGGCGCUCAUCGACCUGCACAACCACGACCUGGGCGAGAACCACCACCUGCGCGUGUCCUUCUCCAAGUCCACCAUCUAGGCCGCCAGGACCAGCCUGCCGGCUCCCGAGACACUUCCAUCAUUCCAGAAAAAAGCCACUUUAAAAGCAGCUGAAGUGACCUUAAAAGACCAGAGAUUUUAUUUUUUUAAAGAGAAAUCAGUUUACCUGUUUUUAAAAAAAUUAAAUCUAACACACCUUGCUCACCUAGGGGAGAUGGGUGCCAGCCUCAGGCUCCUGGCGAUGUGUGGACAGCUGGCCCCGCACCCCCUGGCCGCCCGCCCGUGCCUUCUGGAGCCUGCGGGGUGGGCUCCCCCAGACCUCCACUCGGCUUCCUUGUGCCUUAACCCACUGCUCCGGCGGGGCUGCUCGUGGUAGCAAACGUGUAGGGGUUUGGGGGCCGAGGGGAGAGGCCUCCCACCUGGGAUCAUGUGCCUGUCUGGCGAGAGGCCGACACCCUCAGUCCGUUAAUCAAGUGUGUAAUUCUCCCCGGCCUGGGCCAGACCCAGAGGGCGCCCGCCGUUGCUUCUUCAGCUUUGGAGCUUGGUUCUCGUAGUCCCGCACUCCGCGACGCUGCAGACACCUGUCACCUGUGCCUAGCGAUGUUCCAGCUGACCAAAUAUUCUAAUCUUCGUUUAUAUGCAAAAAUAGUUUUAAGUAGCUUUUUAUAGCGAGAUAAGAAUGGUAUGAGUGUAAUCAAACCUCCUCGUGGUAUGACUUGUAUACUGUACUUUAUUUUAUUCCUUAACGAAGUCAGCAGGGCAGGGUCCGGUCCCAGGCAGGCCCGCGCCAUGCCCGCUGCCCCCAGGUGCGGCGGGCCGCGGCCCGAUGCCUUACACAGCAGCGGUGCCCCGCCCAGGGCACGCGCUCGUCAACUUUCAGGGUUCUUUCUUUCCUACCAAUUUUUGGACCAAAGUUUUGUUCUGUUGUUUUUUUGUCUGCCUCUAGUACUGGGCCCCUAGAACGGGGGACCGAGGGUCACGUCUUAAUUGUCCCCCGCCCGCCUGUGGGCCCGUGCUCGGGCCAAGGGGUUCCCCCACAGACUGCUAACCAGCCCUUCCCUGGGACCCGGACCCCCAAGUUUCCAUGUCGGGGUGUAACAAGGGUGUAAAUAUUUAUAAUUUUUUAUACCUGUUGUCAGACAUGAGGGGCAGCAAACAAGUUUUUUAUGGUGAUGCAGAUGUAUAUUUUGAUAACGGCGAUUACAGGCUCAGUAUUGUAAGUGGAGCGCACGUCCACGCCCGCCCGACAGCUUGUAAUGCGGAAGAGAACCAAAUUAAAACGAUUUUAUAACAACUCCGACCUUUUCCAUAGGCUCUUUUUUCCUGCUCAGUGUGGAAGGCGGCUUGGCCGGUCUGUACUGGAAUAAACUACCCUGUACCUGA